UUUAUCCACGCCGGUUAGGUGUUAAACGUGUGCGACUUAGAGUCUUUUGCUCUUUUUAAUUAUUUAAUUGUAAAAAUAAUAUUUUUAUUAAUUUUGUGCAAGUUGCCGUUACCGUAACAUGACAGUAAUUUAACGUAUGUUGGUUGGUAUUUGUAUAUUACACUAAUUUGGUCUGAGUGUCAUCCUACCAUGCAGAGUACGAAUCGCGAAACUAACUGAUCAUAACAUAUAUGUUAAACGCCGGCCCCAAUUGUCUCCAAGGACAAUGGAUCUUUUCUGUUCUGAGAGCAUAGUUUAUGAAUCUGAUUCGACUUUGUAUCAUUUGAACAAACAUCAACGAAAUAUGGGUUUGGAUGCGCGAAGUGAACCCACGUCCCAGUGCUCCUCUUUCGGCGCUCCAACUAAUAGUGAUGUGGAUGCCGAUGUAGAUACAGACGCCGACGCAGUUGAGAGUCCAGCAAACUUGUCCCCCAAUGCAGUUUUAUGCCAGAUGAAGGACUAUGUGUAUAUUUAUGCAUCCGUGGACGUAGAAUCUUCAGCCACCACACCAAAAACUCAAUCGCUGCUGCCGCUUCCUCCUCAACAACAUCAACGCCAACAACAAGAACAGUUCGAACCUGCUGCGACGACACCUUCUCUGCAACGGGUUACCCAUUCCGCACAAGAAAGAACGACAGCACUGCAGCAUCAUCUGGAUAGGCAGCAGGGUAAACCGACCUCCGCACCUGUCAGCGUUAACAUGGCCAUCGGGGAUCCGACGUUUUUCACUGAUCGAUGUCUGGAAAAUGCGUUGAAGGCUGAGGAGAAGCACAACCAAAUUGUCGAUACGUAUUUUUUAACUGUUCAAAAGGAUAUAACGCCAGCGAUGCGAAAAAUAGUUGCCGAGUGGAUGAUGGAGGUGUGUGCUGAAGAGAAAUGCCAGGAGGAGGUCGUCCUAUUGGCAAUAAAUUACAUGGAUCGAUUUCUGUCUAGCAAAUCUGUGCGAAAAACUCAUCUUCAGAUUCUAGCGGCUGCCUGCCUCUUACUUGCUUCAAAGCUGCGCGAGCCCAGCUCGUAUGCCUUGUCCGUGGACUUGCUGGUUGUUUAUACGGACAACAGUAUAUACAAGGAUGAUUUGAUCAAGUGGGAGCUGUAUGUGCUGAGCCGUUUAGGCUGGGAUCUUUCUUCGGUGACUCCUUUAGACUUUCUUGAGCUGUUAUUAAUGCGUUUGCCCAUAAAACGAAAAAACUUCCCAGACAUUAAUAUUGGAAAAAUAAGGGGACAUGCCCAGGCAUUUAUAUCGCUGGCAGCAAAAGAACAUAAAUUUGCCAAGUACUCGGCCAGCACAAUAGCUGCAUCAAGUAUAGCGGCCUCCAUGAAUGGCCUCAAGUGGCAUCUAUGCUCAGGACAUAAUUUACACUUUCUUUUAAGCCUGAUGACAGACUUGACCAGCGUGGAGCAAGAUCAGCUGCAGGAUUGCAUGCUACACAUGGAGGCCAUUUUCAAGGAGCACAGCCAAAACUUGCAGCCGUUUAUUGUGAGCAUAGAGCCGCCCCCGCCGCCGCCCCAACAGACAUCAGCAGCAUUAUAUUAUCAAGGCCGGUUGAAGAUUCACGAAGCGCAUCAGUACCAGCAGCAGCCAAGGCCUUCCAAAAUAGUAAUACCAUCUUUGCCAUCCGACUCCGUGGAACAACAUCAUCACCAGCAUCAGCAACACUGUCUCAGGAAUGCCCUGUCCUCCCGAAGGACACAAACGUGCAAAAUGCAGGCGCAGGCUCAAAAUGAACUCAAAGAUGUGACAUUUUGAGCAGCGAUGUCAACGCUUGCUAUAUCCAGCGAUAUUUUACUAAGAUAGUUUUUAUAAAGUCAUUUAUUUUUUAAUUAACUAGAUUUACAAGUUUUUUUUUACUUUCUCUAAAGGAUUUACCAACACGAUUUCUUCUUAUCCUUUACCGAUUUAUUGUAAUUAAUUGUAAACCUUUAAACGGUUACAUUAUUCACCCAUCCCUUCCUAUGGUUAAUAAGAAAUGCAUAUAUAUGAAUAAAUAUAUACAUAUAUAUACAUUGGUAGAUAA